AUUGGCUCUAUAUAGAUAAAAUUGAAUUGAAUUGAAUUGCAAAAAUCCAAUUCAUGCAUCCUCCAUUCUAAUAACUCUCUGGGAAUCACCUUGUUGGCGCUAAAGUCCUGUUUCCUGCCGGUCAGACUUUUAUAUUUGGCAUUUUUCGUCGAUCCAACCGAAGAAGGUCGCUUUGCUGGCUUAACGGAUCGUCUCCUCUGUAAAUGAUCAGUCAAGAGGACAGAAAAUAAGUGUAAAAUGAAUACUGAGAGGGCUCAGAAAGCCUUAAGAGUCUGGACGCUGGUUCUCACACACCGGGUGGUUCCGGUUGUUAGCGCGAUUGAGCUGAAGAUUUGAUGGAAGAAGUCAGGCGACCGGUGAUGAGAGAUUAGGUUAUGCAACGCUGUCGUCUUUAAUUCAUCGGCAGGAAGCGGAUACGUCGGCCGACUUGUAUCCGGAGCUUCACACGGCGAUUUCUUCCUGCUGGAGUCUUAAAUAGUUAAACCCGGUCCGUGUCGGACGUCGGCCAUGUUUGGGCUUCCUGCCACUGCUCCACCCCCCUCGUCCAGGAUAGAGUCAGCAGGGCAAACAUUACCUCAGUGCAGAGUGUGAUGGACACGUUCACACUCAGUUACACAGCAGAGCUAUCCUGAAGGUCUGAGGCGGUGAGAUGGUGGCUCAGCAGAGGAGGCAGCAGAGGAGGCAGCAGAGGAGGCGCUGCAUGAAUGCAGGCAGGAGAUCAGGGACCUAACGGCUCGUUUACUCUCCUUUUCCCUCUGGGUGGUACUGAGCCUCAGGCUGAGAGAUGUAGAUGUGACGUCUCUGAGGUCUGGAGGAGAAGGAGGAGAAGAUCUGAGGACCUCUGAGUCUGAGGAGGCCGAGGAACAGUGUUGGAAAAUGCUGCUGAUCUUCCUCCAAAGAUGUUUCGUAGGCGAUAACUCUUCCUGAAUGUUAUCAUGGUUACCCGUAUCCCUGGUGACCCCUCAGUCUGUUACCAAGCUUCCCGCCACCCCUCCUGUCCAAUCAGCUGUGGCGAUGCACGUCAUGGGCAGCGUCUCCCCGGCCAACAACAUCGAGGGGCUGUCCUUUCAUGAGGACGUAGCAGUUGCUGAGGCAAUGUCCCCACCAUCCUCUCUGAGGUUUGCACACAGCAGUAAAAAUGGGCCAACUUCGCUGAACAAUCCUCCACCUCCACCUCCUCCUGCUGCUCCUCUUCCCCCUCCUCCUCCGCCGCCGCCGCCUCUGCUGCCCACAGCUCCGGGAGGCCAUCCGGACGGCCUGAAGAAGAAGAAGAGAGUGAGGAGCUUCUUCUGGAAAACGAUUCCAGCCGAGCAGGUGAAGGGCCGCGCCAACCUUUGGACUCAGGGUCAAGUCCAGCAGGACUUCCAGAUCGACGUGGAGACAAUCGAGGAGCUCUUCACCCAGAACGACGGUCCGCCGGCUUCCACGGCCUCGCUCAUCAGAGGAGGAAAGGCCCGGGUGUCGUUCAGGGAGGCCAAAGACGAGGUCUCCAUCCUAGACUCCAAGCGAGCGUUGAACAUUGCGAUUUUCCUGAAACAGUUCAAGAGGUCCAAUCAGGCGUUGGUGGAUGACAUCCACCAUGGCAACAGUGAAUCGUUAGGGGCGGAGCAUUUGAGGGAGCUGCUGAAGCUGCUCCCAGAGAAAGAGGAGGUGAAGAAGCUGAGGGCGUACCGAGGGGACGUCUCCCAGCUCUCAUUGGCUGAUUCCUUUGUGUAUCUGCUGACUCAGCUGCCCAGUUACUCGGUCCGCGUCGAGUCCAUGCUGUUGAAGGAGGAGUUUCCCGCUUCCUGCGAGGCCAUGAAACAAGGUUUUAAGACCCUUCGCUCCGCCGCCAAAGAGUUAAUGUGCUGUAAGGAGCUCCACGCUGUUCUGCACUUGGUGCUGCAGGCCGGAAACAUCCUGAACGCUGGCGGUUCUGCAGGAAACGCUGUGGGCUUCAAGCUGUCCUCCCUCCUGUCUCUCGCAGACACAAAGUCCAACAAGCCGGGGAUGAACCUGCUGCACAUCGUGGCUCUGGAAGCUCAGAAAAAAGACGAAAAGCUGCUGGAGUUUCCCCUGAAACUGAGCAACAUCCAGGCUGCGUCCAGGAUAUCUGUGGAAACGCUGGAUGCCGAACUGAAGCUGCUGACUUCUCGCACGCGCUCAGUAGAGGAGAGCAUCCAGAAGGACACCGAGCUGCUGCAGCAGCUGGACGGCUUCCUUCAGAGCGCCACCACGUCCCUGUGCUCGCUGCGCGGCAGCCAGCAGCAGCUGAGGAGGGAAGGCAGAGAGCUGGUGGACUUCUUCUGCGAGGACAGGGACACGUUCAGGCUGGACGACUGCUUCUGCGUCUUCCACACCUUCUGCACCAGAUUCACCAAUGCCGUCAAGGAGAACAAGGAGCGGGAGGCAAAGGAAGCCGCUCGUCAGCGGAUGCGCGAGGAGGAGCUGAAGAGACACUCCUGGUCUGGAGGCGAGGAGGUGCGUGGAGCCUUCGGGGGGCGCUGCAGCAGCGAGACGGACAUGUCGGCGUGGGCGUCCAGAGACGAGGCGGGGUUCCUGCUGGACCUCCUGACUCCCAGGUCACAGCCCCGCUCCCCUCUGAACUCCGGCCGCUUCGCCCGGACGCGCUCGGGGAACUCCCAGCGAAGCCGCAACUCUCCGUCCAGCUCGCCGUCUCUCGCCGCAGAGCGGGAGCUGAGCGCGCUGCUGACCACGUCCGGCGAGCUCAAGGUGCCUCGACAGAGAGGAAAGGAGGACACCAGGAAGCCGGUAAAACCCGAGCCUCAGGGUUCUGGACCCGCCGGGGUCUCGGCUUCUAGCCCGGCGGUCUCACAGACUCAUCCAGAGACUUCCUCCAGCAGGAAGCACGAAAACGCCAACAGCAUGGACUCCGCUUACCUCAAAGCUUACCAUAAAGACGUCAGCGCAGCAAGUGACGGAGACGAGGUUCCGGUCAAAUCUACCUCGGGUUCUUCACAGCAGCGAUCUGAGCUCAGCAGCCAGGAAGAACGUCCAGACGAUCCGGCCGAGUCUUGUUUGACGAUCAAGACGUCAAACAAGGGGCAGAGCGCCGCGGCUGCUGCAGGAAGCCUGUCUGUGUCUGUGGAGACGUGCACUCUGGUGGCUGAGCUGAAAGGCUUUGACAGUACCGACACCCAUCAACCCGACGACGCAAUGAUCACAGGUCUGGAAGAUCUGGAAGCGGAGGGAGCGGACAGAGUGCAUAAAAACUCCCUGGAGACCGAGAAGACGUCCUCCUCGGCGCAAGAGGAGAACACCAAGGAGCCGGAGGUCAAGGUGAUCGUCUGGUGUGUGACCGGUGUGUGCGAAGCAGCCGGUGAAAACGUUCGUCCACGCACGGAGAAGGAUGAAAACCGUCAGCCGUCCUCUGCAGCGGCCGACCGGGACCGCGCCGACGCUCAAACAGCCACAGAGGACGUCCCCAUCAGCAGCCAGCCGGUGCCCGCCUCCCGCGGCGGCGACGCCUCGAUGCACGUCUCUUCGCCCGGACCGCACCCUGUGAAACCUGCAGCAGAGGGCCUGGAGCCGGCGCCGGCCUGUGAAGACCCCGCGUCAGCCGGUCCAGAUGCCACUCGGACCGCAGAGGCACCGGAGAAACGGGACGAAGGGACCGAUCUGGUGUCGGAGGCGGAGGACUACACCGAUCAGAGGACGCCUGUGGGGCCUCGAUCAGAGCAAACCAAGAAGACUUUGAGGCAGAGGACGGUAGAAGGUUCUUCCCCUGGGGGAAAAACCAAACCACCAACCUCGACCGCUUCCAGCUCCACCAAGAAGCUCCUGAACUCCAGAACCGGAAGCGCUGGGGCGACCCAGUCCAAAGGGACCUCUACGGGCGGCAGAUCCAUCCGCACUCUCACCGGCUCCGAGAACCAGAGCAUGAGGCGGGUUGUGCCCAUCACAAGGAGUAUCCCAGGUUCUUGGCCCAGAGACAGAACCGCUGAAAAGCCCGCGGCGUCCACAAGGAGCUCCUCCAGAACCGUGGCGCACAGUAACCCUAACGGCUCCUCCGUCCGUCGAGGGGAGAGACCCGGAGCGGCUCCGUCGUCCCAACGCUCGGGCUCCGCCAAGACCCCACAGUCCAAAGAGCCCAGAGAGCAGAACCAGGACCUGCAGGGUAGGCCGUCCGUCCGUAAAGCCGCGGUGAAGCCCAGAACCCAAACGGAGGAGAAAAUGUGUCUCUCCAAGCUUCGAGCGCUCAACCAGGUGGGAGGAGGUGGCAGGGGGGGCAGCGUCAGCGCUCCUGUCACGCCCCUGCACAAAUCCAGAACCCCUCCGUCGUCGGCGCUCCCCGGUUUUGCCAGAAACACGGCAUCGUCGUCUUUCAGGAGGACCAAACCUCCUCUGGCCGCCUCUUCCCUUAAAUCCUCCCCCAAGACCUCCUCCUCCUCCUCGGCUCCCUCAGCUGCCUCUUCCUCCUCUGUCUCCAAGACAGCCUCCUCCUCCUGCAGAUCGACAGAUCUCCCCAACGCGUCCUCCUCGUCCCCUCCGAGGAAGACUCAGAGCACCAGAUCCUCGGCUCCGUCUCCACCUCGCGCCUCCCUGGCUCCCCCUAAAGGCCACAAACGGAACGACAGCCUCUCCGACAAGUCGACCCACUCCAGAGACUGGAGCAAGGCCAGCAGGCCGAGCUGGAGAUAGCAGGACCAAAAGGUUUCUGGGGGUGGGAUGAAGCUCGAAGUGAACCCGAAACCAAAACACUGACCUUGUUCUGUCUCUGUCGGGUCGAGGACCUUCAGCGUGGAACUAAUUAUGGAUCCUCUAGGCUUGUUGGUGGUAAAGGGAGACAUUAACAACACUAAAAGACGUUCUUUCCACAAUCGGUACUAAUGGUGUGCUUUAAACGUCCACAGAGGCCACAUCCUCCAGGGAGGAGGACUGAGCUGUUGUCCAGGUUUCAUGUAUGCGUCACACAUUAUUGGGGCGGCACGGUGGGCCAGUCAGGAGUGUCUGCAGCAAGAAGGUCUUGGGUUCCAAUCCCCGCCCUAUAGGGUCCUUCUGCAUGGAGUUUGCAUGUUCCCCCUGUGCAGGAAUGGGAUCUCUCCGGGUACUUUGUAGGGCUGGGCGACAUGGAUUAAAAAAUUAAUCUCCGAUUUUAUCAUACCAAAUCCGAUUAAUCGAUUUUUUUUCCUCCUUUUUGUUUCAUAAAA